AUGGCAGCAGGAGUAGCAGCCUGGUUGCCCUUUGCCAGGGCAGCUGCCAUAGGAUGGAUGCCAGUGGCCAACUGCCCCAUGCCACUGGCUCCGACGGAGAAGAACAAGCGUCAGGACGAGCUGAUCAUUCUCAAUGUCAGUGGCAGGCGUUUCCAGACCUGGAGGACUACACUGGAGAGGUACCCGGACACUCUCCUGGGCAGCACGGAGAAGGAGUUCUUCUUCAACGAAGACACUAAGGAAUACUUCUUCGACCGGGACCCCGAGGUCUUCAGGUGCAUCUUAAAUUUUUAUAGAACUGGCAAACUGCACUACCCCAGGUACGAGUGCAUCUCUGCUUACGACGAAGAGCUUGCCUUCUACGGGAUCCUCCCUGAAAUCAUCGGGGACUGCUGCUACGAAGAGUACAAAGACAGAAAGCGGGAGAACGCGGAGCGGCUGAUGGACGACAACGACUCCGAGAACAACCAGGAAGGGUCCAUGCCAUCCCUGAGCUUCCGGCAGACCAUGUGGCGAGCCUUCGAGAACCCCCACACCAGCACCUUAGCCUUAGUCUUUUACUACGUCACCGGUUUCUUUAUCGCUGUCUCUGUGAUCACCAACGUGGUGGAAACUGUCCCCUGCGGCACGGUGCCCGGGAACAAGGAGCUUCCCUGUGGGGAGAGGUAUGCUGUGGCUUUCUUUUGCUUGGACACGGCUUGCGUGAUGAUUUUCACGGUCGAGUAUCUGUUGAGACUCUUUGCGGCCCCGAGUCGCUACAGAUUCAUCAGAAGCGUGAUGAGCAUCAUCGACGUGGUGGCCAUCAUGCCCUACUACAUUGGUUUGGUGAUGACCAACAACGAGGAUGUCAGCGGAGCCUUCGUGACACUAAGGGUUUUCAGGGUUUUCAGGAUUUUCAAGUUCUCUCGUCACUCCCAAGGCUUAAGAAUCUUGGGCUACACUUUGAAGAGCUGUGCCUCCGAGCUUGGCUUUCUCCUCUUUUCCCUCACUAUGGCAAUCAUCAUCUUUGCAACUGUGAUGUUUUAUGCAGAGAAAGGGUCCUCGGCGAGCAAAUUCACCAGUAUUCCUGCUUCCUUUUGGUACACUAUUGUAACCAUGACAACACUGGGUUAUGGUGACAUGGUGCCCAAGACAAUUGCUGGGAAGAUCUUUGGCUCCAUCUGCUCCCUGAGCGGGGUGUUGGUCAUUGCUCUGCCUGUCCCUGUCAUCGUUUCCAACUUCAGCCGCAUUUACCACCAGAACCAGAGAGCCGACAAGCGCCGAGCACAGAAGAAAGCCCGACUGGCCAGGAUCCGGGUGGCCAAAACCGGCAGCUCCAACGCCUACCUGCACAGCAAGCGCAACGGCCUCCUCAACGAAGCCCUGGAGCUGACGGGUUCCACUGAGGAUGAACAGCACAUGACUAAAGGCACCUCCUUAAUUGAAAGCCAACAUCACCACCUGCUGCACUGCCUGGAAAAAACAACCGGAUUGUCCUAUCUUGUGGAUGAUCCCCUGUUAUCUGUACGAACUUCCACCACCAAGAACCACGAGUUCAUAGACGAGCAGCUGUUUGAGCAGAACUGCAUGGAGAGCUCCCUGCAGAACUACCCCUCCUCCCGGAGCCCCUCCUUGUCCAGUCACCAUGGGCUGAGCACCUCCUGCUGCUCCCGGAGGCACAAGAAGAGCUCCCACCUCCCCAACUCCAGCCUGCCAGCCACUCGGCUCCGCAGCAUGCAGGAGCUCAGCACCAUCCACAUCCAGUGCAGCGAGCAGCCCUCCCUAACCACCAGUCGUUCCAGCCUCAACAUGAAAUCAGAUGAUGGGCUGAGACCAAACUGCAAAGCUGCUCAGAUAACCACAGCCAUCAUCAGCAUCCCCACGCCGCCAGCGCUCACCCCCGAGGGCGAGAGCAGAGCCCAGCCCGGCAGCCCCGGCCACUCCACGAACAUUCCCACCACCACCACGAGCAACAUUGUCAAGGUCUCUGCCUUGUAG